CUGCUGUGACUUUAUACUCUUUGGUUGCUGCUUUAAAAAGUUUCUCUGACAUUUGUUCAAUCUGCUCCACUACAUUUUAAUCAGUUGCAAUGGCAGAUUCGCCCUGGCGCAACCAAUAUCAUGAAGAGGAGUCCGAUCCAGAGCCAGAAAGGGAAAAGGCUCAACCACAGCCCCAGGUAGCGCAACAGCCGCAGCCGCAGCCGCAGCCGCAGCAGCAGCAGCAGCAGCAGCCUGGCAGAAUCCUUACACAAGAUCCGCAAGCACAGCAACAAGUUGCAAUACAACGAACGGGCAACUUAGGGGGACGAACUGGCGCAAUCCGCGAAUCCCGCAUCAAAGACCGCCCUCAACCCAAGGAUCAACGAGACAACAGCUUGAAAGUCAAGAUAGAACUGGAUCUUGAAGUAGAGGUAGAUCUCUACGCUCGUGUCCAGGGAGAUGUGACGAUAGGUUUGAUGUGAUGCAUAAAUAUAAGAGAAUGGUAGGAUUACUUGAUCUUGCCACUUGGUCCAUUUAUGCCUCCUGUGCCAUGGCGUUAUGGUGUUCCUACUGUUUUUGCCCAGGGCUUUGGUUGCGGGAUGCUUUUGGUUUGGCGAAGCGGACACCGGCAGGUGUUUUGUUAUGAGAUUUUGAUCUGCAAUUUAAAGAUUGGCUAACUGAAUUUGAGAGAAAUUUUUUUUUG